CAUGAUUUAAUAGAAUUCACUUUUUGAAUUAAUAAGCCCCAAAGAAGAGGUCUAUGUUUGUCAUUAACUAAUUGGGGCUGGUUCUGAAGGCUAAGUUUAUAAAGGUAUCAAGAAGGAUUAACCCUCAAUUAGUUUAGCAAUCAAAUUCUCAAACGAUACAAGAAAUGACGAAUUACAAUUUAUAUACCUUUUAUUAAAAAAAUAAAAAUCAGAAAAUGGAUUGAAACAUAUAAUUUGCUACCAUGAUGUUAUCGAAAAUCCAAUAUUUCUUAAUAAUUAUGUGAGUAAAUUCAAAAACUAUUGCUUUAUUAUGGAAUUAGGUGAAAAAAACUUACUUGAAAGUGUCAUGCAAUCAGAUAGUUACUAAGAAAAACAAAAAAUUGAAGUAAUUUAGUAAAUUGCUUAUGGAAUUCAAGAACUUCACUCCCUAAAACAUUAUCACAGAGACCUUAAGCCUGAAAAUAUUUUAAAAAUUGGUAAUACCUGGAAAUUAUGUGAUUUUGGAUUUCUCAAACAUUAUAUUAGUUAAAAUAAAACAUAAAGAGUUGGUACACCUUAUUAUAUUGCUCCAGAAGUCUUAUUAUAAGAUUAAUAUGAUUACAAAGUAGAUAUAUGGUCAUUUGGUUGUAUUAUAUAUGAAAUGAUCACACAAUAAAUAUUUUUCUUUGGAAAUUCAAUUCAAGAAGUGGAAUAAGAUAUUAAAAAAUAUGCUAUGUAAUAACAAUCAAACUCUAUCAUUUAAAACAUAGAUAAAAGAUUCAACUUAAUCUCUAAUCCAAAAAUAUAAUAAUUAUGCAAAGGUAUGAUGACUGUGAAUCCUUUAGAAAGAUAUGAUAUUAAUUAAGUCUUGAAAGAACUUCAAGAAAUUUUAUAAAGUUAUUAAAUUAAUCAAAAUAAAUUAGAUAUGAAUGCUUUUUAACCUGUGAAGUUUAAUUAGAUACCCUUUGGAUAAAACAUGUUUUAAAUAUCAAAUACUUAAGUAUUGUAAAAUAAUCAUCAAUUUGCUUAAAAUGUAAAGAAUGACAACAAAUUUCCAAAUCAAUAUAUAAUGCCAAUUAAUACAAUUCAGACUAACCCAACAAUUUAAAAUUAGAAUCCUCUAUUUAAGAAUCUUAAUUAAAAUUAGUAAAUCAAUUAAAAUUGUUUUCCAAAUAAAAAUUUUUAAACUUAACAAUAAUUUCCUUAGCCUCAACCAACAACAAUUAAUAACUUUAAGAAUAAUUAAUAAAACAUAGAUAAUAUUGAUUAAAAGAACAGUCUGAAAUAAAAUGAAGAUUAAUAGAAAAUAACUGUCUAAACUUAAGCUUAAGAAUUUUUAUCUAAAUCUCUUGAUAAAAUAAUUAAAUAAGAAAAGAAGAACGAAAUUUUAAAAAAUUUUAAUCAGAUAAUUAGUGGCAUGACAUGCGAUCUAUUAAAUGUGGAUGAUUUAAAUGAUAAUUUUAAGAGCGAACUAAUGGAAAAAAUAGUCUUAGAACUAGUUCAUUAUAUGAGAAAAAGAAUUGAUACAAAGCUCUAAGAAGAAAGUCAUUGA